AUGGUGUCGUGUUGGAGCGUGACGGUGGUGGUGCUGGCUGCGGCCUUGUAUGCAGUGUGGGAGCUGCCCCGACCUACCUAUCAUGUCCAUGAGCAGGGCGUGGUGCUGGUGACUGGCGCUUCCAGUGGUAUCGGUCGCCAUGCAGCGAUUGAGCUCGCCAAGCUGGGUUAUGAGGUGUACGGUACGGUGCGCAAGGAACGCGAUGCCAACGACAUCCGCGGCCUGGGCAUCAAGACGCUUCAUCCGAUCAUCAUGGAUGUGACCAACUCUGAGCAGAUCAAGAACGCUGUCGAAACCAUCAGCAAGCUGGACCAGCCCCUCAUUGCCCUGGUCAACAAUGCUGGCAUCUCCUCGCGCGCCCCGCUCGAGGCCUAUGAUAUGAACCGUGUGCGCAACACCUUCGAGGUCAACAUUUUCGGUCUGGUGGAGACCACUCAGGCCUUCUUGCCCUUGCUUCGUGCCAACAAAGGCCGCAUCAUCAACAUUGGGUCGGUGGCGGGUCUUGUCGGCAUGGAGGGCUCAGCCGUCUACUCUGGCACCAAGUUUGCCCUCGAGGGCAUCUCCGACUCCCUGCGCCGCGAGCUCUUCCCGCUGGGCGUGAGCGUCUCCCUGGUCGAGCCCGCCUAUGUCAAGACUGAGAUUGUGCACAAGAGCUCGGGUGCGCAAUCUGCCGAACACUGGGCCUCCAAGGAAAUGCUCGAGGUCUAUGAUCACUUUUUUAGCGUGGCCGACGAAAAGCGCCAGCGCGCUUUCGAGCACGCCGACACUCCCGAAUGCACCACCAACGCUAUCGUUGAUGCCAUCCGCUCUCCUCAGCCUCGCACGCGCUAUGUUGUGGCCAACACACACAAGAUUCCUGCCUGGAUCACCACGGGAAUGACUUGGCUCUUGCCUGACCGUGCUGUAGACGCCAUCAUGCGCCGCCAGGAUCAGGUCACGGCCAUGACUGAGGGUCGCACCAACUAA